AGGGUUCACUUGCUUUUUUUGUUUUGUUUUUUUGUGGGGACAACAUGAAUUGCGCAGCAAUGGCCGCUUGCGUUUCACGGCAGCAGCAUGAUCGGCGGAACGGGUUUCGAAGGCUCAGCGGGGACAGCACCGCCGUCGUUAGCAACAAUGCGAGGGAGAUUGUGGAGUGCGGAUCCGAGGGGGAGAGGGAGAGAGAAGAUGAAAGAGAGAGCGGCGGGAGCGAGGUAGAACUACUUGAAGCAGAAUUGGGUGAUCAUGGCGGGAAGGGUCACUCUGAUUCCGAUGAAGAAGUGGCAGAAAUAGCUAUGCUGGAAGAGGGGAUGGGGGACGAGGAGAUGACGGACGAGGGGAUGACGGACGAGGGGAUGUCGGACGAGGGGAUUGCGGACGAGGGGAUGACGGACGAGGGGAUGUCGGACGAGGGGAUUGCGGACGAGGGGAUGACGGACGAGGGGAUGUCGGACGAGGGGAUGUCGGACGAGGGGAUGUCGGACGAGGGGAUGUCAGACGAGGGGAUGUCAGACGAGGGGAUGGGUGCGGAAGAGGGGAUCAUGGCGGAGGAGAGAGCGCAGCGGCGGCGGCAGUCAUGGCUGUGGAGCGUGGAGUGGUUCGCGUCGUGGCCGCUGAGGCGACUCAGCCACACGUGGCGCCGGCGGCUUUUCUGGCUGUGGGGGCUAGCAGCCCUUUGCAUGUUGAUCCUGGUGCUGGUGUCGGCGUGGCGGCUCUCAGAGAGGGACGCGUGGGACGAGCUGGCAGCGCACUGUGACGAGUGGGCGGCGUUCGUCGAGGGCAAGUUCAACACCACGGCUGCCAACACGCACUCUCUCGCCGAUUUCGUCCGCGCCUACUACCUCGAUAGCGCGAAGGAGAGCUUUCGCAACGUGGCCAAGUUCCAGGGGUUCACUCAAUCCACUCUCGACGCCCGCCCCAUGGCAUCAUUUGUGGGGUUCUCAUUCCUCUUCAACAGCUCAGCAGAGCGGGCCGCAUUGGAGAGGGAGACGGGGCAGUGUGUGUUCGGCUACGGCCCGAGCGGCACCUUCCCCUGCCGCCCCAUGGGCGAGCCCAUGUACUCGCCGGUCGUUUUCUUCAACAUAAGGCCAGGAUUCAACACCCUGCUGGACUUCAGCAGCAGAUGCUGCCUGGACAUCAUUUCAGAUCCAAGUUUCGACGCCACAAUUCAUCGGUCCAUCGCGCUGGCCUCAUCUGCCAUAGCACCACCUUUCAUGCGCGGGGACUACCCCUACCACUACCUCGGCAACUGUUUCCCCGUCUACCACAACCGCACCACCUUCGCCCUGCCUCCCACAUACCCCCCUCCCACGCCCUCCUCCCUCCACCUCCCCGCCCUCGCCCACCCCGGGAUACUCCCGAGAGGCUUUCUCCUUGUGGUGUAUAACUUUGCGAGCCUGCAAUCGAUGGUGGGCUUUAAGGAGCUGGUGGAUCCGAAUGCACGGGUCUAUCUGGUGGAUGGGACAAGGGAUGGAGAUUGGGAUGGGGUUGCGGGUACUUGGGUGCCAAAAUUGAUGUUUGAGCAAGGGGGGGUGGUGGGUGAGGAGGAGAUUGGGAGGUGGAUGGUGGAUUUAGAGGGGAAGGAGAAGGCGAAUGUGGGAGGGAGAGUUCAACGUGUAGUGUACCUCGGGGACUCGACGAGACGCUUCUACCUCUUCUGCGAGCGCGCUUCCUACACAAAGCCCUUUGGUCCCUUUGUGUGGAUGGUGGUGGCGGUGCUCUUCCUAGCCGUGUCCACGUUCCUCUUUUGGACGUGCAUCCAACUCAUGGACGCCUUCGAGUCAGACUGCCACCACAUGACCGCCGCACAGCACGAGCUCAGGGCUGCUCGGUUGGAGGCCGAGGCGGCCAGCCAAGCCAAGGGGGAAUUUUUGACGACCAUGUCGCAUGAGAUCCGCACACCCAUGAACGGCGUCAUCGGCAUGCUGAAUCUGCUGCUGGAGACCCCCCUGGACAGCACGCAGCUGGACUACGCGGAGACGGCGCGCAGCAGCGGGCGCGCGCUGUGUGCGCUGAUCAACGACAUUCUGGACCUCUCCAAGAUCGAGGCGGAGAAGCUGCGCCUCGAACGCAUCCCCCUUGACCUGCGUGCGGAGCUCGACGACGUGCUCGCACUCUUCACAGAGAGUGCCGAGGAGAAGCGCACCGUGGAGCUUGCGGCCUUCGUGGCGGAUGAGGUGCCCAAGGCACUCAUCGGAGACCCACUCCGGGUGAAGCAGAUCCUCAUCAAUCUCAUUGGCAACGCCUUCAAAUUCACGUCCAAGGGCCACAUCUUCAUCGCUGUCCGGGUCGCUAGCAGCACAGGCGACGACGAUCCCCCGUCGCUGCUCCCAGCCUCGUCCUCCACCUCCUCGUUGUCCUCCUCCUCGUUCUCAUCAUCCCUCUCCAAAGCAUCCGCCAACAAGCGCCAGUCCCUUGACAACGGCCUCGCUAUUGCAAGCAACCGAGUUUCUGCAAACAAGGGGAAGGGCGCACCUGGUGGCGAUGGUGUCAUUGCUGCUGUAGAUGGGAAUGGUACGGUCGCUUAUUCUACUGCUGCAGCUGCUUCUACUGCCGCUGAUGCCGGCACUGGUGACCGUUGGACGGCUGCAGGUGCUACUUCUGACCUCGAGUGUGUGACCCUGAGUGGGCAGACGGCAGUGAAGACGUGGUGCUCGUGGGAGGGUAUGGGUGUCCGCAUGGACCUUGGUGCGGUCGGCAUGGUGAAGCAUGCAUGCGAUAGCACUCCGCCUCACAACCAGCCAGUUCGUCUGUUGGUGGCUGUGGAGGACACAGGUAGCGGCAUUCCUCGGCACGUUCGAAGACACAUCUUCCAGCCUUACGCCCAGGCAGACCGCAGCACGGCACGCCUCCAUGGAGGCACAGGGAUUGGGCUUUCUAUAUGCAAGCGGCUUGUGUCUCUGAUGGGGGGGUCCAUCUCCUUGGCUAGCAAGCCUGGCAUCGGCACCACCUUUCUCUUUGAUAUUCUCCUCCACACGCCUCCUCUCCCCGCCCUUCCUAGCCCUCCUCCCCCUCCACCCCACACUCCUCCUUCUCCCUCCCCUCUCCCACUCCCAGCCUUGCCCACUGCUUCCCCAACCUCCCCGCAAUCCCCCACCAUGCCCUCUGUCCCGCCUUCCAUCCCCUCGCCUCUUCCGCUUAGCUCGUGCGAUGUGUCCCCCCAGGCCACAAGGAACCAGCAGCCCCCGCAGCAGCAGCAGCAUCCGCAGCAUCAGCAUCAGCAGCAGGUGGCAAGUGGAGUGGAGAUGGUGUGUGUGGAGAAUGGUGGGAGCGGUGGCAGGGCUGCAUAUGCGUUGGAGGGGGUGUGUGUGGUGAGUGUGGACGACCGGCCGGUGCGGCAUGCUGUGACUCUCAGUCUGCUGCGCCGCCUGGGCGCCUGCACCCUCCACUGCUCCUCCUUCCACCACCUGCCCUCUCUGCUCGCACAACACCAUGCCAUGCACCAUAGAACCGACCAUGCCAUGGAGAAUUAUACACACGAUUCUAUGCACCAUGGCUCACACCAUCAUGCAAAGCAGGAAGAGUUGGAGGAGGAAGGGGGAGAGGAGGGGGAGGGGGAGGAGGGGGAGGGGGUGGAGGUGAGGGCGGAGGAGUGUUACAAGGCUGUAAUGAGUUUUGAACCUUCUUCUGCUGCCACAUCUCCUUCUCACAUGCUGCCAUUGCAUCCUCCCCUUCCCUCAACCAGCCGAUACCGCCCUGCUCGCCGCAGCAUCUCCCUCACAGCUGCAUCAACACCGCACCCACCCACUCCUCUGGCUCCUCCGCCUUUUUCUCGCUCCGCAUCGCACACAGCCUCAACGCAUCUCUCACGACACGCACACAUUGCACCCCUCGCACAGCUCGCACCAUCCGCUUCUCAACCCUGCAUUGGAGCCGCUCGAGCUGCGUCCCUGGCAGCACCCCCACGUCGUUGCAGGACUCACUUUCCGCCGCUUACUAUCCUUCCACAGGCCAACACAGGGCCAACCAGCUCCCACUUCUCCCCUCAUCUUGAGCCUUUCGGCUCGCCGGACAUUCUUGCAUCCCCGCCUGUAUUCCGUCCAUCUGCCGCCACCCCCUCUGCGUCUUCACCCCCCUCCUCCCCUCUCUCGCCUGCUCCUCCCCCCCUCCACUUCUCCUGCCCUCCUCUCUCCCUCGCUGCCGGCUGCUCGUGUGGGAAAGGAGUGGAGGGCGGGGAGGAGGAGCAGCAGUGGCAGCAGCGGUGGUGGUGGCAACAGGGGGAAGAGGAGGAGGGGCAAGGGGAUGGGGAGGAAGAGGGGGAGGGGCAGCAGGGGGGGCACUACAGGAGUUUGGGUGAGGCGGAGAGGAGGGGGUAUGUGGGGGCGGUGGUGGUGGAAGGGGAGAUGAUGUGGCGGCUGGGAGUGACUGUGGACCAGAUUCAUGCCCUCGUGGCUGGGCAGGGGGGUGACAUUGCGAUGCCAGGGCGAGGAAGCGAAAUCGGAGUGGCAGGGGAAGGCGAGCAGAUGAGCGAGGCGAGGGAGGAGGGGGAGGUGAGCAACCGCAGUGGUUGGCCCGAGCCCUUCCUUGUGCUCCUGCAUGGGUGCCUCCCGCUCGCACCCGACUCUCUUGCCGGAGACCCUGCCACGCCCGACAGCUCCAGCCCUUAUAAGGGGGAUGCUUAUAAAGGGGACGUCUUUUCCCAGGAGGCGGAUUUGGAGUGCCAAAGGGAAGACGGGAGCAGGAGCUUUCAGCAGUCGAAGAGCGGGAGGGAUCUGACCCGGGGGAGGAGCCGGGACAGGAGCAGGAAGAGCAGGCAGAGUGGGGAGAGAGGAGCAGCAGUAGCUGCAGGCAUUGCGGCUGACUGUGCUUGUAAGCCAAGUGACUGUAACGAUGCGUCGAAGGGCCGUGCCAGUUGCAGCAGGAGCAGGUCGCCUGCACUGUCUCUCUCCCCGUCCCCAUCCAUCCCUUCUCUAUUGUCACUUGGCUUCGAUGCCGUUGUGAGGAAACCUCUCAGAAAGCCAGCAGUGCUGGCGGCGCUGCUGCCGCUGCUAACUGUAGACACGAAGAACGGUCACUGUAAGGAGACAGGUGGAGGCAAUAAUGAGGAUACAGCACUGGGAGGGCUGAGGGGGAGAGAAGAGGAGCGCACGGGAAUGAGGGGUUUAGUGAGGUACAGCCGAGAGCUCUCCAUGCAGCGGCAGCAGCGGCAGCAGCAGCAGCAGGUGCCUUCCUGCCACCGUUAUGUCGCUAUCGAGGGUGGCCUUCCUGUCCACAAGGCAGGCAGCAGCUCUGCAGCCGCCAUCUGGCAAGCCAUCAAGUCCCCUCGAGCCGUCAUGCACGCCUCACACACCACCUCUCCCACCACUCCCACCACCCCCACCACUCCCACCACCCCCACCACCACUCCCACCACGCCUACCACUUUUACCACUCCCAACACCCCUGUUUCCAACGCUGGCCGUCCCGUUUCUGCAAACCUAACCACACCAACAGUCACCUCACCAGUCACAGCCAGCAGCAUGAGCCCACAAACCUCCUGUGAUCAUGCCUCAUUUGAGGGGGCCAAGCUCCUUGCUGCAGCCAACACGUCACCAACGGCUGGGGUUUCAGCCACUCUAGCCACGCACCUGCCACCUCAUCUCCUCCCCCCUGUUGCUGCUGUCAGCGAUCGGUUCUCUCCCAUGUCGGGCAGCUCGUCCCCCCUGACCAGCGUGGACGUCAGGGGGUUUGAGGGAGCACAAGACAUGCAUGACGGCGGCUCAUCUGUGUUCCGUGAGGCAGCGCCGGAUGCACGCAUAGAUGGCAACAGUGCCUCAUUGGGUCAGCGAGCAGCUUCUCUCGAGCACCUGGUUGUAGCGGCUACAGAUACACGUGCAUCUGCAGCUGCUGUUGCAGCUACAGCUGUUGCGGCAGUUUCGACUGAUUUAGUGGCAGCAUGGGUUGGUCCUGGUCCUCUUGUGAGGCAUGCCUAUUCUACAGAUGGAGCGGCUGCAGCGGGAGAGACGAAUGGCUCAAAAGCUGCGAGGAGGGCAGGUUUAAGGUCUGGGGGCAGCCAAAGAAAUAUACGGAAGAGCACCAAUGCCCGUGGUGCUGGUGCUGCUGCCGCUUCUGGCGGCGGUGGUUCUGGCCGCACCAGUGGUUUGGAGAGCGGGCUCGAUUUCACAGGGUUCUCUCCCCCGUGCGCUCUGCCCACAUCUCCCAGUCCUGCCUCGUCUUCUUCAUCUGCCGCUAAGCUAUCUCCGGCCCUCACACGCACAACAUCUCCGUUUUUCUCAUCAGCAGCAGCACCAGCGCCACCAGCAGCAGCAGCAGCACCACCACCACCACCAUCACCAUCACCAUCACAAUCACCAGCAUCACCAUCACUAGCAGCAGCAGCAGCAGUCUGGGAGCCGGCAACAGCGGGGGAGAAGCUGGGAAUACUGGCGGGGAAGCAGGUGGUGGUGGUGGAUGACAACCUGAUCAACCGCAAGGUGGCCGGCAAGCUGCUGGAGCGCCACGGAGCGCGAGUGACCGCCCUGGAUGGCGGGCUCAAGGCCGUCGAUGCCCUCGCUCCGGGCCACCCCUUCCACCUCGUCUUCAUGGACCUGCAGAUGCCGGGCAUGGACGGGUUGGAGGCGACUCGGAGGAUUCGGGCGCGGGAGAGGGCGAGGGGCAUGGGGCAUGUGCACAUCAUAGCGCUCACAGCGGACGUCAUUGCUGGCACUCGCGAGCAGUGCUUCGCCGUGGGCAUGGAUGCGUACCUCUCCAAACCCCUCGAACACUCCCACCUCGCCAACGCCGUCUGGCAGUGCCUCGCCAGCUCAUAGUCAUAGAGUCAAAUAUUCAGACCCCAACUGGCCAACGCCGCCCAGCAAUGCCUCGCCAACUCAUCAACAGAGGUGACAUUUUAGUCGUCUGGACAGUAGGUACCUCGCCAACUCAUGGAAACAUAUCGUCAGACUGCAACUUGCCAACUCCAUUCGUAGAUGAGGUGGUGUGGAAGGGAGGUCUUGUCAAACAUAUGUGUGUAUGUUUUGUAGACUACAUAGGGUCAGGCCAUACAGAGUACCGUAAUCUCCCGGCAUGAUUACCCCCCCGAAAAAGGGACUCUGGGUCUUUUUUCCGGACCAUGGGUCUUAAUAUCGUAAAGGGAUUGUGAGGACCCGCUGUUUGGGGUAAAUCAUUUGAGGACCCCCCCCUUUUCAGUUUUAAGAGGUUUUUCU